AUGAGCGAGAAAAAAGUAAGAAGUGGAAAAGUUACCAAACAACAAAAACAAAAAUUUCUAGAUUUAUUGAAAAAUCAUAGAAACGUUGGUAUCGGACAGUUUGGUGGCCCAAACAGCGGCAAAGCUGCUAAUGCUGUAUGGGCAACUCUCACAGCGGAAUUAAAUGCAUGUGGAGGAGCAUGUAAAACCGUUGAGCAGUGGAAAAAGUGCUGGGCAGACUGGAAGUCAGGCGUAAAGAAGCAGCAGGCCGCAAUUAUGCGUUUCCAGAACGCUACUGGAAAUCGUCCUGCCUCUGAAGGUCCAGCGCCGCUAGAUGGUAUGGACCUUCAAGUGUUAGACUUUUUCCCAACUGCACUUGUUGAUGGCGAUGGCGUUACUAAGGAGUCGGGGUUUCAAGAGGUAAUAUCUUCGUAUAAUAAAAAAAAAAAUUAUUGAGUUUUAAUCACAAAGUUUCAUAUUUAGAUGAAUGAUAGUGCAGAUGAAGAAUUGCAGAAAUCACUUGAUGACGUGGAUACACCUCUAAAAACCUCAAAUGCUGCACUGCCAUCAACCAAACCCAAUACGAUGCCAUCGCCCACACCAGACAGAAUACGACAG